CAAGGUUGCUUCCCUUGUAAAUUACAGAAGGUUCCUUAUAGUUGUAUGUAAAUGCCCGAAAAGAAAUUGGGUUUUCUUCAAUUUUCUCUGAAAACUCGAAAAUUUUGAUGGGUUUUCAGUCACUUGUCAUCAUCUUUCUACUUUGUAUUUCAAUGGCGAACUCAGAUCAUCUUAAGCAAAACAAAACCAUCCUUCAAUGCCUUACCGAUCAUUCCAUAGCUUCCCCUUCGAUCUCUUCAGUUACCUUCUUCCCCACCGAUCCUUCUUUCACAUCCACUUUGCAAUCAUACACUAGAAACCUCAGGUUCACCUCCACCACUACCCCUAAACCUCUGUUCAUCGUGGUUCCUUCCCACGUCUCUCACAUUCAAGCUUCCAUCAUUUGCUGCAAAACCCAUGGUUUAGAAAUGAGGAUCCGUAGUGGUGGACACGACUACGAUGGUCUUUCGUAUGUAUCUAAAGCCCCAUUCAUGAUCCUUGACUUGUUUAACCUUCGAUCUGUGAUUGUCGACAAUGGAACAGCUUGGGUUGAAUCAGGUGCUACUUUGGGUGAACUUUUUUAUGCCAUUAGUCAAAAAAGUAAAAUUCAUGGUUUCCCUGCUGGUGUUUGUCCUACAGUGGGUGUUGGUGGUCAUUUUAGUGGUGGUGGUUAUGGCAACAUGAUGAGGAAAUUUGGGUUAUCUGUUGAUAAUGUUAUUGAUGCAAAGCUUGUUGAUGUUAAUGGCAAUGUUUUAGAUCGAGAAUCAAUGGGGGAAGACUUGUUUUGGGCUAUUAAAGGAGGUGGCGGAGCUAGCUUUGGUAUCAUCAUUUCAUGGAAAAUCAAGUUAGUUUCUGUACCUGAAAUUGUUACUGUUUUUAAAAUUGAAAAAACUUUAGAACAAGGUGUAACUGGUAUUGUUCAUAAAUGGCAAUACAUAGCUGAUAAAAUAGAUCCAAACUUGUUCAUUAGAGUUGUUUUAUUACCUGUGAAUAAAAAACAUUUGCAGUCCAUUAAAGCUAAGUUCAUUGGAUUGUUUCUUGGGAAUGGUCAAGAACUGAGUUCAUUAAUGAAUGAAGCAUUCCCUGAAUUGGGUUUAUCAUUUGACCAAUGUAUUGAAAUGAGUUGGAUUGAAUCAAUCUUGUUUUGGUCUAAUUAUCCUAAAGGAACAUCCUUGGAUGUGUUGCUUGAUAGACAACCUCAACAAGAAAAGUACUUGAAAAAGAAAUCAGAUUAUGUGCAAGAACCAAUUUCAAAGGAGAAUCUUGAAGGGAUUUGGAACAAAAUGAUUGAACUUAAAAGACCUGCGUUGACUUUGAAUCCUUAUGGUGGGAAAAUGAGUGAGAUUUCGGAGUUCGAAACCCCAUUUCCUCAUCGAGCAGGGAACAUAUACAAAAUCCAAUACUCGGUGACUUGGAAAGACGAUGGUGUCGAGGCUUCUGGUCGUAGUUUAGAUCAGAUUAGGAAGCUUUAUGAUUAUAUGACUCCAUAUGUAUCAAAAUCUCCAAGGAGUUCAUAUCUGAAUUACAGAGAUGUGGAUAUAGGGAUUAAUGAAAAUGGCAAUGCAAGCUACUCAGAGGGUGUUAUAUGGGGAAGAAAGUAUUUUAAAGGGAAUUUUGAGAGAUUGGUGCAAGUGAAAAGUAAGGUAGAUCCUGGUAACUUUUUUAGAUAUGAACAAAGUAUUCCAUGUCUUGGAUCUUGGAAGAGUAUAACGGCAGAAUAAAAGCUUUUUUAGGUAUAUGAACCUCAUUAUUUCUAUCUAAUCUUUGUUUAUUUGUAGACUUAAUAUCUAAAACUAUAUGUUGUAUUGUUUGGUUCUACAUAUAUAUAUAUAAGGGGUGACCUCCCUUGCCAUGUGUGAA